AUGGAGAAUCAGAUCGGUAAAAUGUCCCGCCUGCCUGACCUGGUAAGAGAUUCGAAGCUUGAAACUCACUUCCUCCCGGACUGUAGCGUGGAGACCGUUCACACUUACCACGAGUCCGAUCCGUCCUCGCGUCGUCGAGUCGUCGUCAGAUAUGAGCACUGGAAGAGACAAAGGAGAAUCGGCGGUGGUGGUUACUCAACUGUCUGGUUAGAGGAAUGUUUCCAGGGCUCUCGGGAUGGUGUUCAAGUUCGAGCUGUGAAGCAAAUCGAGACGGGUGGACGGUUUCAGCGAAUCGACUUUAAUCGCGAGCUCGAGACAAUCGCCAAGUUUUCGCAUUCCAGGUAUGAACGAUGCUUUGUUCAAUCCUUUGGGUGGUAUCGAAGCCCCACGCACCUUUCGAUUGCGAUGGAGUAUUUAGAACUAGGUGACCUGCUCGACUAUCUAGAUGAGAGGCCAGCUUUACCAGAAAGCCAAGCCCAAGAAAUCACCUUUCAGAUCUUGGAGGGGCUGAAAAUGAUGCACGAAAAUGAGUUUACGCACCGGGAUUUGAAGCCGAAGGCAAGCAACCUUUUUUUCUCACCUGGUUACUUGAAUAUAUUGAUAAAGUCGCACCCACCGGAGACAUGGUGGGUCAAAAUAGCAGACUUCGGAAUAAGCAAACGCAGCGAGGAAUCGCCAGAAACAUCAACAACAUUACGAGGAACAACGGGCUUUAUUGCUCCCGAGCUUUACGGGUUUGUCGAGUGUGGAAGCCCAUAUGCGACGGAUAUUUGGUCCUUGGGCGAGAUUACCUUCCGAAUGCUCACGAAGGCGCCAGUAUUCAAUCCAAUCGCGCGGCUGUCAUCUUACACCACACACCCAGAGAUGUUCCCAGCAGCUCUUCUGGAUGAAGCCGGAGUAACCAGGUUGGGGAUCGAGUUCAUUCGAUCGCUCAUGAGACCUGUUCCCGACAGCCGACUCACGUCUGAGAUGGCAAUCCUUCAUCCUUGGAUCAAACACUUGUCGCAAAUACCUCUUUUAUCGCACGCCGAAGCCCAGUUUCAACCAACAGCGAUAUCACCGGGGGCUUCUCCCGGCGAAAGGAAUACAUUUCCGGCGAUAGAAGAGGUGACAGAGGAAAUAUCAACCAUCCGCCCACCUAAAAUUGUUCCAACGGAAGCCCCCAGCCAGUCUAAUGAUGGACAACAAUCAGAAACGCCCAAUGAAGACAUGAAAUCCAGGCUCAGCGACGAGCAGUUGUCAAGAAGUCAAAGCUCUCUAGCUCGGCGACCAAAAGCAGCAUCUGUCUCUUCGGGGCAAUCCAAAAACUCCAGCAGCCAAGCGACCAGUAUAUCAUCCCUGCACUCACCACCCAGCGAGAGACUUACGGAAGAGUGGUGGACAGAUCAUCUCAGACACGCCCGGCUUCUCGGCACAACUUCCAAAGAAGAAGCGGUCGGAACCGUUUCAAAAAAGCCAGCAUCUGUUCUCAAGGGUAUAUUUGGAAAACCGAAAGGUGUACCCGAAUUCAAGGAACAAAAGAAAGCAACGCGAGUUAGGUCAUUGGGCCCUGAUGGUGGGAUGGAAAAUGCAAUGACGUCCCAUAAUCAGUCAUUCCUAGUAGAUCCCACUUCUGCGCUUGGAUUCACGCCAAAUGAUUCUAAGGACGAAGGCGAGCAGCACAGACUAGGAGCAUCUGGCAGCGAAGAACCCGAUGUGCGAUGUCUAGCAGACACCCUAAUGCCCUCUUUGAGUUUAGAUGAAACUGUGCGCUGCAGAAUCGGCAUGCAAGGCCCCUCGAUACGUGUUAGGCCUACAUUACCAGUCUCUCGCUCAGCAGACGACGCGAAUGUAGAAUCCCGAAUGCAUGACCUGGAACAGAGACUCAGGUUCGAAAGAGAAUGUAAUCCAGCUUUAUUAUUUCGCACCCGCAAUCAAAACCGCACUCGGUCCCAGACGGUGGAUGAAUCGAGAGAUCCAAGUCGAGGGGAAGUUGCGCUGCCAUUUAUCGAGUCUGAUGACGAAAAAUAUGGAAGGUCACCAUCACACGCAGCAAAAAGGAGACUUGGCAAAAGAAGUGGUGUUGUCAACAUGAUUGCGGCUGGAUUAGGCUUGAACCAUGAUAACAAUGAGAAGGGCAAGGCACCUCCUUGCUCCCAUGAUGGUUUCAAGUUUCGAUUCGUCCUCCCACUUGAAGCAAAAAAGCACAGGAAGAUAUCAUUCUGCCCACUCAAUCUACGUCUAGUAACCUCCUCGGGAGAUCCUACUGGUGUUGAGGUUUGGAGUAUUCCGAAGAGAUGUCGGAUAUCCGCCGAGAAUAUUUUCAAGAGCAAUUCAUGCAUUGCUAUCUCUCAUGGUGGAACUCUUUUUGCCUCAACAUCAGGCGACUGUCUUACUAUUUGGAGCAGCUUUGAUGGGUCAAGCACUGCAAUUACCUCGACAGAAGGCUUGAAGAAUCCCCGGUUCUCUCAUGACGGCAGUCUGCUAGCAGCUAUCUCAACGCAAAGGAAGAUCCACAUCUGGCAAGUGUUUGAUCAUCAUAGUCUCCAAUUGCAAAAGCUGAACACUUUGAAUCUGGAUGAAAAGAUUCUUGCAUUCGCCUUCCAGACCAGGGGCAGGAGAAUCGUGAUCGCUCUGAACAAUUCCAUCAGGAUAUUAGGGAUAUUUUCGGAUGAAGAUGACAUUGAUGGGACGUAUCAAUUCGAUCUUUCCGUCAUGGGGCGUUCCUUCAAACCGAAGAGGAUAGACACGGACCGAGAUCUAGUAACCGCACUCUCGGGAAAUGGGAGGAUGGCAGCGCAGGCCUAUCCGGAUGGUCUGAUUGGAUCAAUACUAUUCAUUCGAGACCUUAAGGGAAAAGCUGAGAAGAGAAGCCGGAAGUUUGUGGUGUCGCCUAUUGUCCAGAAUUUGACAUUCUCUCCCGCUGGCGAAAUUCUGGCAGCUAGCACGAAAGGCCGCGACGUCAUUCUGUGGGAUGUUUUUCAAGAGAAACAAAUUCUCCGACUUGAAAAUUGUCACGAAAGUUCUAUCACAUCCAUGUUUCUGGCAGACGAGGGAAAAUAUUGGCAACUUGCUCUGGUGGUGAAGGUGUCAAGUUCUGGGGGACUGAUGAAAGCAUGGACCGGUUGGUCGAGAGAAAUAAUUUAG